GGUGCCAAGAUGGCCAUGCACGAUCUUCUGAAGGCUGAUGAUAUCAAAAAGGCCCUUGCUGCAUUUAAAGAUGCAGACACCUUUGAUCAUAAGAAGUUCUUUGACAUGGUUGGUCUCAAAGCCAUGUCAGCCGACAAUGUGAAGAAGGUUUUCAAAGUUCUGGAUGUCGAUGCCAGUGGCUUCAUCGAGGAAGAGGAGCUCAAAUUUGUCUUGAAGGGUUUCUCCAAAGAUGGCAGAGACCUGACCACCACCGAAACAAAAAAAUUCCUGGCUGCCGCUGACAAGGACGGAGAUGGAAAGAUCGGCAUUGACGAAUUUGAAGCCUUGGUGCACGAGUAA